AACUAGUUCCGUCCCACUUGAAGCGCUCUAUCCCUAACUAUUCUCGUGUACGAAUCAGCGUGCCUCUCUCUCUCUCUCUGAUGCGAGUGGAAAGGGUGCCAUUUGAUUUAUUCCUGACUGGAAACUUAAUUGCUCCGCCCCCGGGAUACCGUGUGACAAGUCAUUUCUCCUUUUGAUGUGUAUGUGUGUGUGUUAUGUGUGUGUGUGUGUGUGUGUGUUAUGUGUAUGUGUGUGUUUGUCCGGCGGACCUGCUCUCCGAGAAUCUUAAACAUAACUUCAACAAAGCCUGUGCUGGACUUCUGAGUAGAGAGAGAGAGAGAGAGAAAUACAACUUUGAUCAAAUACAGAGCCAACACUGAGCUUUUUUUUUGUUCUAUGAUUCUUGGUUCUGAUAAAAAGGAGAAUUGAGGCGCUUGGGUGUUUCACCAAUUUCUAUAUGUACCAGCGACCAUGGCCACGCCGAUGGCUCUGAUCCCGCCUGCUCCGGUGAAUCAGACUCUGAUCGCGACCCCUUCGUCCUCUUCCUCCUCCUCAUCUUCUUCCUCUUCUUCCUCGCCGGCCAUCUCGUCCAUUCCUGCGUCCUCGGCGACUGGCGGCGGAGGGGGUGCCGGGGCAGCACAGACUCUAUACCGAGCGGACGGGAGCUCCAAGCCGGUUUACUCCACGCCGUCUCCGGUGGAGAACACACCGCAGAACAACGAGUGUAAAAUGGUCGAGCUGCGAGCGGCCAAAGUGGCCUCGUUCACCGUGGAUGGACACGAGCUCAUCUGUUUGCCUCAGGCUUUCGACCUGUUCCUCAAACACCUGGUCGGGGGACUUCACACUGUCUACACCAAAUUAAAGAGGCUGGAUAUUACACCGGUGGUCUGCAAUGUGGAGCAAGUGCGCAUUCUCCGAGGGCUGGGGGCAAUUCAGCCCGGGGUCAACCGCUGUAAACUGAUCUCCAGGAAAGACUUCGAGGUCCUCUACAACGACUGUACCAAUGCCAGUUCCAGGCCAGGAAGACCUCCAAAACGAUCCCAGAGUGUUACAUCCCCCGAGAAUUCCCACAUCAUGCCGCACACUGUCCCAGGACUAAUGUCUCCAGGAAUGAUUCCACCUACAGGUCUUGCAGCGGCGGCCGCAGCAGCAGCAGCAACCAAUGCAGCCAUCGCCGAGGCCAUGAAGGCAAAGAAGAUCAAACUAGAAGCCAUGAACAGCUUCCACGGUAACAAUAACCAGCAUGGCAAUGAGUCUGAAAAUGGUGACGUGAACUCUAGUAUCGGUAGCAUCGAUGGCUCCUGGGAUAAAGAGAAACUGCAGUCUCCCACUGCCCCAUCUACACAGGCUUCUGUCAGCCAUGCUGCCCUCUCCAGCCAGCACAACCUCGCAGUAAAUCAUUCCCUCAACUCCCUCCAGCAGAACCACUUACUACCUAAUGGUCUGGAGCUCCCAUUUAUGAUGAUGCCCCACCCACUUAUCCCUGUUAGCCUACCUCCGGCAUCAGUUACCAUGGCAAUGAGCCAGAUGAACCACCUUACCACUAUUGCUAAUUUGGCAGCUGCAGCACAAGCACAAAGUACCCCUUCCAGGAUGGAAACCUCAGUUAUUAAGGAACGUGUUCCUGACAGUCCUUCACCCACCCCAUCUUUGGAAGAUGGCCGUCAGCCAGGGAGUCAUCCUUCUUCCCACCGCAGCAGCAGCGUAUCAAGUUCACCAGCUCGAACAGAGUGCUCUUCCGACAGAAUCCCUGUCCAUCAGAAUGGAUUGUCACUUAACCAAGCACUGCUUGGUUUGUCCCCCACUAUCCAGCUUGGUAUCAAGGAAGGUGAUCUUGCCUGUCCAGAUGGAGGACAUGAAAUGAAAAGAAUACACACUGAAAAAGAUGAAGUCCUGAUGUCAAAUCCAACUGCAAGAGACUGUUUUGAGAAACUUUCCCUGGCUAGCCAACAUCUACCACCAGGCUUCCCAGCUCCCUUCCUCUUCCCAGAUGGACUUUCUUCCAUAGAAACUCUGCUGACAAAUAUCCAGGGACUGCUGAAGGUUGCCAUUGACAAUGCCAGGGCACAAGAAAAACAAGUCCAAAUUGAAAAGACCGAGUUAAAGAUGGAACUGUUCAGGGAGCGGGAAAUGAGGGAAAGCUUGGAGAAGCAGUUAGCCGUGGAGCAGAAAAACAGAGCAAUAAUUCAGAAACGGUUAAAGAAAGAGAAGAAGGCAAAGAGGAAAUUGCAGGAAGCACUUGAAUUCGAGACCAAGCGUCGAGAACAAGCUGAGCAGGCAUUAAAACAAGCUGCCUCUGCGGACAAUCUCAGGGGCUUGAACGAUUCAGUGACCCAGGAGCUGGAAGCUGAUCGCAGCACUGGACGAACAGAUGCUGAAAGGACAAUACAAGGCCCUGUGGUCCUAGACUCUUCCACUACUGGAAACAUCCUCUCCACAUCCACUCUACCAAGGCCUCAUUAUUCAGUGGGGUUUCAAUGAGAUCCCUCCUCAUCCGUCCAAAUUCCAAUGGAAGGAUGUAUCUGAAGUCAUCCGUAAUGUACUAAAACAACUGCGCCAUAUGACUCGAAAAUUCAACCAGGAUUAUGAGAAAAAUAAAUUGUAUAAAAAAGAAAAAUAAAGUCCUCUACUAACAUGCGGGUUAACUGCGUUUUUGAGACAGCUUUACCCAGAUUGCAUAACUGUGUUACUUUGCCAUCCAUGAAAUGUUUGAUGUAUUGCGAUGAUAUUCCUCUCCAGCAACUGACUUCAAUGGCAAAACUCUCUGAAGUAGACAAUCCUGAUGAGUACGAAACACCCAGACGCAAAUAGUGACUGUCAUCAGGAGGUCACUGCUGACACUAUACGCGUCCUUUUUGUGGACUAGACUCUGACCAGUGCUGACAAUUGCAAUGUUAAGCACAUCACGCAAAAAAAAAAACAACUCAGCAGUAGUGAAAAAGAAGCGAACAAACUCUUUUUUAAAUGUUUAUUGUUCCCCUCCACUUCUCAUUUGUUAUAGAUGGCAUGUUCAGACCAGCAAGAAAGCUUCUCAACCCUUUCUUUCCUGGAUCCAAAUGAAUUUUACUUAUAGGGCUGCCAGGUCAGUACGUCAAAUAAUAUUGCAGGGACAUUAAUGUUUCAACAGGGAGAUUAAAAGACUGGGUUGAAGGAAUAGGUAGAGAGAGAGAAGUGAGAAAGUUGUGUGUUGAGUAUACAGACAAAAUGUAACCCGUGGAAGAUAAACCUGGCAUUGAGAUUCCUCUGCUAAAUUUAAAAAUAAACACACUCAAAUGAAAGUGAAUGUAAGUUUUAAAAGUCACAAAAGAUAUAUAUUUGUGCUUUCCACCCAGACACAUAUUUGUGAAUACUGUUUGCUUCUUGCCAAGCUGCUGGUCGUGUGUAUAUAAUAUGACACAGGGAGGUAAUGUGUAUGCAGUAGAUUAUUAGAGAAAAAACACAGUACUUUUGAGAUUUAAAUGCUGAUAUGUUUUGUCACAUUGUUUGUUCCAGACACUGCAAUUUUUGGUUAUAUUGCUCAUUAACAAAGCAUGCAGGCAUGUAAAUAUUUGUCCUCAAGUCACAGUAUUAUUGAACGAGAUCCUUGGCGUCUGUUUUGCGCCUUUUUAAGGUCAGUGUGGCAGGUGGGAAGCCCUGUCUGCCCAACAUUCAAUGAGGGGAGCCUCUUGUCUCUGCUCUCUGACACAGAACUGAUUAAAUUAAUUGAGAUUUGCGGCGUUACAGCGUCAUGGAUUAAAAAAAGCAACAGAAAUGUUUCUCUCUUUGUUUCUUCCUAUAAUUAUUAUUUUUGUGUCAUCUUGAGGCAUUGCUCUUCAAAAAAAAAGGAACUUUGCGACACUUGAUGUAAUGGUUGAAACAAAAAACCUAGAUGAGUGGUGAGUUAAAGUCUGUAUUCUCCCUGUGUAAUAGGGAAGGAUGGUUUUGUGUAAUUAUCAAUGUCUUUGAUAAACUGUGUGAUCACCUUUGUGCAAAUAAUUGAAAGUAAACUCCAACACAGUGCUAAUUUGCUAGUGUAGCCUUUUCUCUUCAUUUUGCCUUUGUUCACUGCCAUGUUAACCAUUAAAAGACCAUCCUUGCAGAGAAAACAAUCCCCACUGGCAUUGUUGACUACUAUGGACAGAGUAGGUCAACAGUAGAACAUAAGAACAUGAGCAGGAGUAGGCCAUUUAGCUGCUUGUGCUUGCUAUAUCUUUUCAUGUAAUCAUGGCUGAUCUACUACUUCAGUCUAACCUUCCUGCAAUAAUCCUAUUUCCCUUAUUCCUUUCAUAAAAAUCUUUUGGUCUCUGUUUUGAAUCCACUCAGUGGCUGAGCCUUCCCAUUAUUCUUUGGUAGAGAAUUCCAAGAUUCACUCCCCUUGGGUGAUAAUCAUUUUUCUCGUCUCAGUUCUAAAUGGUUAACCACAAAUUUUGUGAUGACAACCACUGAUACUAGACAAUCCAGCCAGGAGAAAAAUCAUUGUUCCUUCUCCCAUUCAAUUCCAAAUAUAAUUUUUUGUUUCAAUAAAAUCACCAUAUGCUCGUGUACGCUCGUGUAUAUAGCCCCAGUCAUUUUAACCUAAUCAUAUGACUAUUCUCCCACCUUCAUACCAAUUUCCCAGCAAUCAAUCUGGUGAACUUUCAUUGGAUUCUCUCCAAUAUCCUUCGAUAAAAAUACCAGUACUUUACACAAUAAUCCAGAUGCAGUCUCACCAGGGCCCUACAUAAUUGUAGUUGAACAUACUUUCUUUUGUACUCAUCAUCUUGCCAUAAAAGUCACAUACUGUUUCCCUUCCUAAUUGCUUGCUUUACCUGCAUGUUAUCUUUCAGUGACUUUUGUGUACUAAGAAACCCGAGUCUCAUUGAACACUGACUUUUCAACCUCUCACUAUCUACAAAGUAUGCUACCUUUCUACUUAUUUCUAGCAGAAUUGUUUUUUUGCACACAAAUCAUAUCUUUCCACAUUAUAAUCCACGUGCCAAAUCUUUUUACGUGACCUAUCUAUAUCCCGUGAAAUGUAUUUGUAUUCAUUUCAAUAUCUACAAUGGAAUACUGCCUAUUUCAUCAUGGCAGGUCACUGUUUAUAGUUAUUGGCAAACUUUGUCCUACCAGAACAGAGACUGCUCUCACGAUGUUUUCAAUGUUACAACAGAACAUAUUUUUUUAUUUGUCAACACAUUUGGCUGAUGAAAUUAGGUUAUAUUCUUUAGAGUGUAUCUGUAUUAGCAAAAAAUACAAAAGCGAGGUUUACCAAAUUUUAAAUCACAUCAAAGACAUGAAAAAUUCACCAUUGAACUGGUGAAAUAAAUAAAAUUAACAAAUGCUGUUAAAAGACUGACUAAAUCCACUAGCUUGUUCAUUAUAAACCAAAAUGAUGCCCAGCUAUACAAAUUGAUCAGAGGGUGGUUUUACAUUAGCCUAAUCCAGGAAUUUGGCAACAAGAUGUCUUUCUAGCACACACUGUAACAGCAGGAGGUUUAGUCUCUGGGGAUCAAUAUGUCUUGACAAAUAUCUUAAAGAAGGUUAAUAUGGAAAUAUAGUAAAAUGAGACAUCUUCAAAGAUUUUAACUGGCGAGUGAAGGAAUAAAUAUUUUUUCCAUGCCUUCUCUAUUUUAUAUUUUCCAGCAUUGCAUUACAAAGCUUGCAAAAGGGAGGGAGAAAAAGUGAACUAUUUGUUUCUCUGGCCACGAUGGUCUUGAAAGGGUUAACAACUGAGAUGAUGCAAUUCUGUCAAAUAAAGCAUCCUUACUUGUCCAUGUGAUCUUUCUUUAAAAAAAACAAAACAUCUUGAAAAAAAUUGUAUCUAGCAUUUGUUGUUCCUCUGCACCUUGCAUAGAGUCUUUAAGUUAAUGUAGAUCACCUUGGGACAAUUAGAUUACAGAAUGUUCCCCUGUCCCACCUAAAUGUAGUUCAAGUGUGGUGAUUUGCAUCUCAACAAGUUAGCUAGCUAUUGGCAGGAUAGUAAGAUUAACUAUAUGCUGCCAAUAUAAAUAUGGCAUUCUCUUAAUCCAGUGAUUUUAAUGACUGGUAAUUUGAUGGUUGAUAACCGGUUGUCUUUUGUUGACUUGUUUGAGAUACCAAAUGCAUUGAAAGCAGAAAUAUGAAAGGUAAAAGGAAGCUUACGGAAACCCAAUACUAGAGGGGAUUUUAAGAGAAAAAGCUCUCUAGAAUAGAAAUGCAGGUUUUCUUUUAUAAAGUCAAAGAAAGGUUUUUUUUUUAACAUAAUGGGAUUACCCUAGUUCUGUUGUUCAUUAAACUGUCCAUUGCCUCUCAGUACAAUACAUUUUCACUUUAUUGUUUAUAUACUUUUUAUCUUGAACAUGUAUGUUUUGGUAUCCUGUAUUAUAACCACAUUUGCGCUCUAUGCAAGCCCUUGGAACAGAACACACUCAUCUUCAACUAGGACAUACGAAAAUUGUCUAUUUUUAUCUAUAUAUUUAAAGUUUUCUAAAAAAAUGGUUAUUACAAAUUUUGUUGUACAAAAUCUGUACAAAAAGAUCUGUUUUUACAUCAUAAUGCAAGAAAUCGAGAUUUUUCUAUGGUAGCAUAGUUAUUUGAGCCUGGUUUAAAUGUGAGAACCACGUUUACUGUAUUGUAUUUAAUUUUCUUUCUUUUCAACAAUCUGCUAAUAAAAAAUGUCUGAAAUCUC